AACAUCACGUAUUGUUUCAGUCCCUGAGUAAAGCGCCACCAAUCACAAGCCGCGCCACUGCGUGUUGCUAGGCAGAUUAUGUUAAUAUAUGCAAUGCAGCCGCCUCUGCAGCUACCAUUCUGAGGCGUCCCUGCCCGCCUCAAGAGUGACGUGAGAGGUGACGUUGUUGGCUACAGGCCUGACAACGUGCUGCCAUGGAGACCAAACAGGAACCCUCGGCCGUGUGGAGUCAGACUACUGACAAUGAUUCAGGCAACAGCACACAGGUGCAUUUUGAAGGCGGCACAGUGGCCCAGAUUGUGUACAGUGGAGAUCAGGCAGACCGGGGACAGCAGCAGGUGGUUUAUACAGCAGACGGGAACUCCUACACCUCUGUAGAGUCUGCGGAGCACACGCUGGUUUACAUCCACCCUGCAGAUGGCACUCAGACUGUAUUUGCUGACCAGCCACAGGUGGCUUACAUUCAGCAGGAUGGCACGACUCAACAGGUCACUGUUUUGUUGCCCAGCGGACAGAACAUGAAUGCUGCCAAUCUGCAUGUUCUGAGCAAUGUUGCAGAGGCUCCCCAAGCUAUUCUGGAGGCGGUCUCCCAGGAGCAGCUUUCUGCGUCCAAUUCGCUCCCCUCCAUGGGUGACAUCGCGGACCCCCCCAUCAGUCCCCUCGGGGCCACAGACUCCACAGACGACUCUGACGAGGAGGAAGAUGAAGACUCUGAUAUGGAUGACUGGGAGCCUCGUCUGCCUCAAUCAUUCAACCCCCACAGCCUCUGGUGUGACGAGUGUAAUUGUGCCAACCCCUCGGUGUGCCUGAAGCACGGCCCUCUGCACCCCAUCCCCAACCGGCCCGUGAUGUCCAAGGCCCGAGCCAGCCUGCCUCUGGUCCUCUACAUCGAUCGCUUCCUGGGCGGAGUGUUCUCCAAGAGACGCAUCCCCAAGCGCACGCAGUUCGGUCCGGUGGAGGGACACCUGGUCUGUCAGAGCGAACUGCAGGACCACUACAUCCAUCUAAAACUGCGCAUGCUGGAUGCUGAGAAAGACGAAGAGAAGUCUGAGGACAUGUGGUUGGAUCUUUCCGAUGAAGAGAGUUGUAACUGGAUGAUGUUUGUGAGGCCUGCUCAGAACCAUCUGGAGCAGAAUCUGGUUGCCUACCAGUACGGCUCGGAGAUCUUUUACACAUCCAUCAAGAAUAUCCAACCCAAACAAGAGCUCAAGGUGUGGUAUGCAGCCUCAUAUGCAGAGUUUGUCAACCAGAAGAUCUACAAUGUUACAGAAGAGGAGAGAAAAGUGCUCCGGGAGCAAGAGAAGAACUGGCCUUGUUACGAGUGUAACCGCCGCUUUGUGAGCUCCGAACAACUGCAGCAACAUCUCAACAUGCAUGAUGACAAGUUAAACUCCGUUACCAGAUCCAAAGGCCGGGGUCGAGGAAGAGGCCGGAAGAGAUUUGGGACCGGAAGAAGACCGGGACGCCCACCUAAAUUUAUACGUUUGGAUCUCCCAGUCGACGCCGCUGGGGAAAAGACAACACAGGAGAUGCUGGAAUUGACAGAGAAGCCUCUAGAGGAGCGCGAGGAGGCAGCUGAGAAUGGGAUGACGGUGGUGGAGAUGGAGUCUGAGGACGCGACCGGGACCGAGUCAGAGGGACAACUUAUCCCUCCUGCAGGGGAGCCGGUUUCAGAGUCCGUCACCCCGCCCUCUGACACGGACGCCCCUGUUCCACUGAAGGAGGACCCAGCGCAGAGCAGCCAAUCAGAAGGCCACCUCACGUCUCAGGAAAUGCGCCGUGCCAAGAGGAUACGGAUGGAUGUGCAGAAUGCAGCACUGCAGCACCUUUUCAUAAGGAAAAGUUUUCGUCCUUUUAAAUGCACCCACUGCGGAAAGGCCUUCCGGGACAAAGAAAAGCUGGACCAGCACUUGCGGGUCCACGGCCGGGACGCCUACGCCUUUUCCUGCCACAUCUGCAGCAAGACCUUCAUGAGUGACUCGGCCCUGGAGGACCAUCUGCUGGUGCACACGGAAAACCGGUCCUACUCUUGUCUCUUGUGCCCGGAAACCUUUGAAAGACUGGAGCUGCUCAAGGACCACGUAGGGAUGCAUGCUGUGAACGGCUGCUUCACCUGUCCUUCCUGCAAGAAGACAUUUACUGACUUCAUCCAGGUGAAGAAGCAUAUCCGCUGCUUCCAUUCAGAGAAGAUUUUCCAGUGUCCAGACUGUGAAAAGGCCUUCUGCCGGCCGGACAAGCUGCGCUUGCACAUGUUACGCCACUCCGACCGCAAGGACUUUCUGUGCUCAACAUGUGGCAAACAAUUCAAGAGGAAAGAUAAGCUGCGGGAGCACAUGCAGCGCAUGCACAAUCCCGACAGAGAGGCCAAGAAGGCAGACCGAAUCCACCGCUCCAAAACCCUCAAGCUGAAGGUGCCAACCACGGACUUCGAGAGCUUUAUGUUCAAAUGCAGAGUGUGCAUGAUGGGAUUCAGACGCAGAGGAAUGCUGGUCAAUCAUUUAUCCAAGCGUCACCCGGAGAUGCGUAUUGAUGACGUGCCAGAGCUCACGCUGCCGAUCAUCAAGCCCAACAGGGACUACUUCUGUCAGUAUUGUGACAAGGUGUAUAAGAGUGCCAGUAAGAGGAAGGCACACAUACUGAAGAACCACCCCGGGGCAGAGCUGCCGCCCAGCAUCCGGAAGCUGCGUCCGGCUGCUCCUGGUGAACCGGACCCCAUGCUGAGCACCCACACACAGCUGACCGGCACCAUCGCCACUGCACCGGUCUGCUGCCCGCACUGUGCCAAACAGUACAGCAGCAAGACUAAGAUGGUUCAGCACAUCAGGAAGAAGCAUCCAGAGUUUGCACAACUCGUCAGCAACAUUCAGACUCCUCUGACCGCGGCCGUCAUCAGCAGUGCUCCUGCCGUCAUCAGUGCGGACGGGACCACAGCGGAGGCUGUAGUGACAACAGAUUUGCUGACCCAGGCCAUGACGGAGCUCUCUCAAACACUGACAACAGACUACCGCACAGCACAGGGAGACUACCAGAGGAUCCAGUACAUCCCCGUGUCUCAGGCAGGAGGCGGCCUCUCCCAGCCGCAGCACAUUCAGUUGCAGGUGGUGCAGGUGGCUCCGGCUUCCCCACCACAUUCCCAGCACUCGGCAGUAGAUGUGAGCCAACUGCACGACCCUCACGGCUACAGCCAACACUCGAUCCAGGUACAACACAUCCAGGUCAACGAGGCUUCAGGCCCUGGACAAGGUGCCAGCCAGGUCAGCGGUCAGCCUCUAAGCCCCACCUCCCAGCAGCCCAGUCAGGAGCUGAGUCCCACCCAGCUGACCCCUGUGACCUUAGCUCAGAGCCACACCCUGCAGACCACCAGCACGCAGCAGCAGCAGCAGGGCGCUGUGCAGCAUGCUUACAUACCUGGGAACUGGAACUACCGAGGCUACUCGUCUGAGAUCCAGAUGAUGGCUCUACCACACACGCAAUACGUGAUAGCUGAGGCCACCGCUCCUGUAUCCGGAGUCAACAGCAACCAGGUGAAAACGACACACUACGUCAUCUCUGAGGGCCAGAAUGAGCUGGAGACUAAGCAGGCGGUUCCUCAGAACACAACGCAGAGCCACACGGAGCAUCUGGAGCAGCAACCGGCCAAUCAGCAAGCCACCACCCAGUACAUCAUCACCACAACCACCAAUGGUAGCGGCACCAGUGAAGUUCACAUCACUAAACCCUGAACUGUACGGCGAUGAACUCUGCAAACCACAGACUGAUCCGCACGUAUACCUCAGAAGCUUGUAUGCUCGUUAAGGAACAAACGCAGUUGCACAUGGAUACAUACAGCACUAAAAAGGGGAUGACUUGAAGGGCAGCACAGUUGUAUGUGUCUGUUCGAGGGUGUAUGAGCUGUGAAGUUGCAAGCUGCCAGAACUUUGUGAGGGGAGAGCGAGAGAAAGUUUGCAUUUUAACAGAAUAUGUAAACAAUGACCGAACUGCACUUGCUUUAACGAUACAGAUUUGGAAAAUAUUUUCUUAGAAUAUGUUCUUGUUGUCAGCAGAUUCAAUCUUAUAUAUGUUAAAUACAGGUCCUGUACACAUCUAUAAAAGAAAAUAUCUUAGUCCUACUGUGUGAGCUACUGAAGUGGUGGAAAUGUUUUGUUUCUCAGUCCUCACACACACUCAAGCCCAUUUUACAUCUUUUGUAAAGCUCCAUCAAUUUCUAAAGUAUAGAAUUUGUAAGUAAAUCCUGGAAAAAAAAUACAGAGCAAAAGUAGAAAAAAUACUGUAUAAAAAAACCCUUCUCCGGUUGGCCUUUCAAACCAUUGUGUUUGUGCCCAACACUGUGUGUUUGUUUGUUGUAUGUUACCAUCAUGUUGCUGAUCUCUAAUGAUAUUUGUGUCCAUUAAGUUCCUUUUGGAAUGGUUUCAGACAUUUUAUUAUUCACGUAGUGGAUUGUCCUAUUUUGUAUUUCUUUGUAAUCAGAGUGUUAAAAAACAUAUUAGAGGUCGGCACACAGUGUUAUUCCAUGUAAUGAUAUGUUUAUUAAAUACAAAUAAUUUACAUGUAUUUCAUUUGGGGUUGGCGUUUAAAGAACAGCAGAGUCAUAUUUCCAUCCUGAUGAAGAGUGAAAGGAGAAAGUUCCACAGAAGGAAUAGCUCAAACCUUGUGAAAGCAAGAUGCCUUGUUUAUGUGUUCAUCAACAAGGCAUCUACUGCUGCAACUCAUAUUACAUUACUUGUGGUACUCUUGAUGUUCAUUAAGUACUUUUAGGUUACCCUUGAAGAAUAUACCGGUUAAUACCUAAACACAAUUUAGGUUAUUGUAAAAUGCUUUUAAUGUGGCCAUAUUUAUAUUAGUCUAUAGACUUGUAAAAUAUUGCAGGAAUAUUUUAAACAUGUACAGCAGCGACGUUGUCCUUUUGUCUAUGUGUUGAGAAAUUAAAUUAUUUUAUAUCUGU